GAGAUGAGACUUGCGGCGGGAGUUUGAGUCAGGCAGAAGGAAGCCUGCGUUCCACUAGCUUUGCGGGAGCUGUAGGCUGUUGUAGGAAGAAUGGGACUGUUGCUCAGUAUGGACUCAAUUAGAGGAUGCCAAUUCUAAUCCCCGUACGGCUCUGCUGGGAGACAAGCGCUCUAGUAAUUCUCUUCCGGAAUCUGCAGCUUUGUGACAGCAGUGGGCGGAAAUCCAGUUCUACCAGUAUUUUGCUUCACAAAGGCAAUUAAGAUGAUUGUAGUGGUAGCAAUGAAUUUUCUGCAUAUGAACAAGCAGCAGUGAAUAGUGCUUGUACAAUGAAGGAUUUUGAAAAGCAAAUAGCUGACCUGAAAAAAGAGAACUUCAACUUAAAAUUACGUAUAUAUUUCUUGGAGGAACAAGUGCAGCAGAAGUGUGACAGCAGCAAUGAAGAUUUGUAUAGAAUGAAUAUAGAGUUAAAAGUUGAAUCAGAAACUUUAAAGCAUGAUCUACAGGAGAAACAACAUCUGCUGAUCAAAGCCUCAAAAGCACUGGAAAAUCUUGCUGGAGAAAAUGAAUUUAAAAUGAUUCAGGUGAAAGAAGACUGCAAUAAGAAUCUGCAAUCUCUAGAGUAUGAACUUAACAGGAAAAUAAGUGUUCUGGAAAAGGAAGUAGCAACAGCAAAUGAAGAAGCUGAUAAAAUUGCUCAAUUGUUGGAUCAGGAGCGAAAGCAAAGGUCUGCUUUAGAAAAUAAACCUUUAGCUGUUUCCAUACUCUGUGAAAGAGGCAGGACGAUUGAAAAUGAGAAUCGAUAUCUUAAUUCUAAGGAAUCUUCAGUUUCGUUGGAAAGCCAGAUAUCUGGAACUAAUUACUUGAUCCAGAAGGAUGAUCUUGGAAUGGAUUUGUUGUCCUUUUCACAUGAGAAGUCUGGUGUAGACCUGGUGCAGAAUGAUAUCUCAGAGGAUGCCCAUCAUGUGGCAAGUGACCUACAGAUAAAACUAGAUCAUAUGGAAAAGAAAAUAAGUGAACUCCAACAAGAACUCCAUGAAAAAGAGACAGAACUUGCCCUACAUGAGGAAAAUGCAGUCAAAAGAGAUAAGACUAUUCAAGGCCUUACACUUGCUCUAAAGAAUAGGGAAAAAGAGGAACAGAGAAAAACUUAUUUAAGGACAUCAUUUUUGAAUGUGAAAGAAGAUAAAUCAUAUUCCCAGUUUACAAAGUCAGAGAACUCAGAAGGGCAUCAAAAAGAGUUUAACUCUCAGAAUAAGCUGGAAAAGGAAAUCCAGUGUAACCAACAACAAAGCACUGUGUUGCAAGAAGAAAUCAACAAAUCAAAAUUUGAAAAUGAUGAAACUGCUUCAUUUUUUGGAGAUGCGACUUCUUAUUUAAGUAUAUGCCUAGAUCCUUCAAGUGGUGACCAGUUAUCCGUGGAGGAUUUACAAAAUAUGGUGGCACAACUUAUGAACAAGAUUAAGGAAAUGCAAAAAAGCCCAGGUUUGGAGAAGGUUACUGAAUGCUCUUGUCAUUUCAAAAGCACUGAUAAUAAUUCUUCUACCAUAAGCAAGUUUGCAAAGAAAUCGAAAAUUCCCGUUCUUAGAAAAAAACCUUUGUGCAUCAAGAAAAUUCCAGAACUGUAUUCAAGGACUGCAAAUGUGACUGCACCCCAAGAGGAGUUGCAGACCUGCAAGUUUGAAAAUGACUGUGUUGAAAAUGAUGAAUGUUUGUCUAACGAAUUAUGGCAUGCACAUGAAGAGAGAGAGCAUCUCAAGGCAAACAAAAUCUUGGUAAAAGAGGAACAUCUAGUUCCAUUGGCAAAUGGCAUCAAAGCUCAGAGCGAUCAUUGUGAACAAUCCUUUGAUAUGGAGAAAACAAUCACAAACUCUUCAAGCUUUGUGGCAAAUGAUGAAAUCAACAAUGCUGAACAGGAAUUAUGUGCUAUGCACUAUGAGAAGAAUGCUGAAGAUGUGUUAGAGAUAGUCACUGACUGCUAUGACAACUGCACUAAUACAAAAAACGAAAUGGAGUUUCUACAUAAUUUAGGUGCUGAAACACCGAAAAUUGAAAACAACUCCCCUGUCAAUGAAUGUACUUUGGAAGAUUUCUCCAAUGAGCCUUCACAUGCUAGAUAUGAUUUGUUGGUACAAGCUCAAGCCCGAGAGCUGUCAGUCCAGCGACAAAAGAUUAAAGAGAGCCACAUUUUAAGUGUUAUAUGUUACAAGAACUGUAUAAAAGUUUUGAAGGCUUUUGAUGAACUGCUAGAGGCUAGUGAUGUGGAUUACUAUGUUGCUGAGAGUUUUCAGGCACAUCUAAACCAAUUUCUUCAGUGGAUUAAGAAUGUGGAAUACAAGCUUGGUUAUGAUGAAGAUGCUUACAGUGAGCAUUCAGCCAACAAAUCAUACAACCCUUCAUGCCUGCUCCCUGGGCAUGAUAUGAGGGGAGGUGAAAGUGGUAGUCCCGUUUUAGGAUUGGCUGAAGGUUAUUGUGCCAUACUUAAUCAGAUAUUAGAUGGAGGGGAUUUGCUUCAAGAAAUGGAAAACUAUCUUGACCACAGUGUUCACUCUUCAGCUAUACAGGUCACAGAUGAAUUUCAAAAAUAUUUCUAUGAGAAGCUUCAUAGGACACAGCAGUCACUUGAAGAUGCCAGACAUAUGAUGAAGCGACAUUGGAGGGUGCCUUUACCUAAUGAUUUGAACCACUCCCAAGCUAUUUAUGAGGGUGAAGAAAGCAAUAAAGAAAUGUUCAGGCUUCAGAAUAAAGUUUUGGAGGAUAACCCUUUUUCAGUAGAAGGUUUCUAUCUUGAAAAGCAAGCAGUGGAAGAAACUGACAAGAGUAUUUUGGAUCAUUUGGCUUUGACAUAUAAAGUUUUAAAGACAGCAAGAAGCAAUCUGGAGAUGCAAGUCAUCAAGAAAAAUCACUAAUUUAAAAGUAUGGAAUUCCUUUUACAGUGACGGCUUUGCAACAUUCAGCAUUUCCCUUUUUAUUGAGUUUUAUAUUUUUAUAUUUUAGAUUUUUUAGAGAGUGUGUGUUAAUAUUUUAUACAUUUUAAAUAUUAAGAUACUGUUUCAUCUGUUUUAGAAAAUAUUAUUUUUUAGCAUAAAUAGAUCCAAAUUUUACUAGUGAAGACUGUGGCACAGAUGGAAUUUAAUCACGGACAAUGACGAAAACGAUAUGGUGAAUCCCCUUUGAAUGUAUUGUCUACUUAUGGCACAUGUUUGUAUAUGGAACUCUUGCUUGGUUAUCUCCCCAGAAUAAAGACUAGGUAAAAGUGAAGGAAAGAUUUGAUUACUGGGGGGUCAAAUAUUAGUCCCCCCCCCCCCCCCCCAGUAACUAUAAUCACUUAUCUGAUACCUCGUGUUACCAGGAAACUUUUCUCUUCUUCAUGUUUUGUUAAUACAAUUCUAAUUGUUCCAUAAACUUUAAUGGAAAAUCCAUUGAGGCGUUUAUAUUCUAAUCACUGGGAUUCUCAUAAUUUCCAGUUGGUGAAGUUUUAGAGAAAGAGAUGCCACGUGGUGUAUUCAGCUGGUAGAUAAGCACAUGUAACCGGCCUUGUUUCCUUUCAUUUGUUUUAAUGUGAAGUCACAACUUUUCAGCUUCAAAUUGCUUCUACGUGAGGUGAGAAACACUUUCUAUUAAAACACAGACAAUGGUCUGCAUGUCCAGUUUCAUGUGUUAUUAACCUUGUUCUUGUUUAUUAGUUCUCCUUUAAAUAGAUGCUUUGUUUAUAAGAAAAGUAAUGCACAUUUAACUAAUUGUAAUAAUAAUGUAAUAUUUCUUAUUUAGUAUGCAUUUUUCUUACUAAAGCUCACUUGUCUGACACCACAGUCAUUUUGAGCUGGUUUUUCCAAUAAAAGCAAUGGAAAUUUACAGUCA